AUCGCUGCUGAGUCUUCAUGGUAGUAAUAUAAAUUAUAUUUGAAAAAAACUGGAUUUCUUAUUAUAUGAAAAUAAACAAAGAAAAAUAGAUUUGCUUUGGAGAAGAAUUGGCUAAGGAAUUGAACUUAGCGUAUUCAACAUUUCUAAGCAAAGAUUGUUGUUUCUUAACUUAUGCAAGUCCUUAUGGAAAGUUCUUCAUGUUUUUCCCUUGUUAGUAUAUAGCUAUGAGACCUAUGCAAAAGGGACCGGAAAGCCAACACUUUAGUGCAAACAGUAAGGAAACGAGCUCCAUUAUGGAAAAAUUACCUGGUGUCGUAGAAGAAAAUGACGAGUUAAUUGAUGAGCUUAAAAGAAAACUUGACAAUGAAUACGCAGCAUGUCAUAAGACUGAACAGUUAUUAAUGGAUUUUGGUGCGAGAUUUAAACAUGAACCAAUAGAACGAAGAGCGAGCUUAAAGGAUAAUCUCGAAUCGGAUUUGGAGUCCUGUAGGAGAUCAAUAGAGAAACUUAAGAAAUCCAUUGAAAACAUUCAGAUGGAUAUUCAAAAUGAAGCUACGGAGUCUGGAAUCAGUUCUUGGGAUCCAUCACUUCAGAAAGCCCAAAGUCAUCCUGAAACACAUACAAGACACCAGCGGGGUAACUCCAGACAAGUCGGUUUAUCACUUACAAAAAAUGACUAUCUAGGUCCUUCCAAAAAACUGGAUCCUAUAGUCACCCAAUAUUCUGCUAUCGACAAAGAUGAAGAGAGGAGAGACAAACCUUUAUCUGUUUAUCCAUCUUUGCAUAAUAGAAUUCAAUUCUUUCAAUCCAAUGAAGCACCUAAUUUAGUUCUCCAAGAUUGGACAACAGCAGUACGAAAUGCUUGCUCGAAACUUUCCACUAGAGAAGUUAUCCAACUUUCUAAUGACAUUUGUCAGUAUUUGCAUGAGCACCCUGAAAAGGACUGUCUUCCCAGGGCUUACUAUAUGCUUCCUACCCUUCACUUCAUGCUCAUGCUCAACGUACCAGACGUUUCUGCUUGUGUAUAUCGCGUCAUAAGAAACCUACUCACUGACCCUUCGGCGUUCGCUGUCUGCCAGUCACUUAAUUUGACUUGGUUGCUUUCAAAAUCCAUUAUAACAGUUGGACCUUCUUAUGAGACCGAAAGAGCUCAGGCGUUUCGAUUAAUACGUACACUAUAUGCGUUCUCAAGUACAGAAGAACAUGAACAUAUGCUUUUAGGCAUUACAAACACAUUAAUUGCUAUUUGUGAACAUUCAACAGAUGCAAGUAGGGGUAUCGCAAGCGAAACAUUGAUUGAAUUAAUGAUUUUAAAACCACAGAUUUUAUUGCGAGCUAAUGGUUUGAGAGUGUUAAUAUCCUCCCUUGUUGACGGUUCCAUUUCAGAGGAGUUGGCAGCAACCGCAGCUUUGGCUCUGAUUUAUCUUCUAGAUAACCCUGUAACUUGCCGUUAUUUAAGUCUACCUCACGAUAUUGGUAUUUUAUUAUCCCCAUUUACUUCACCCACGCUUUAUGACUUAUAUAGUCCUUCCGGAGGGCAGCCAGAGCAAACGUCUAGAGCUAUUCGCUCAAGUGCUAAAGUCAUCUCUGUUCUACUAAAUUCCUGGCCUGGACUUUUGGCUUUCUCUACUGAGGAUUUCCAAGCCCUUCGAUCUCUUGUAGAUUCCCUUCGUGUUCCGACGUUCUCUGCCCGUAAUGAUAUAAUAGAUUUAUUUUUGCUUAUUUUUAAGGUUGAUUGUUCAACAAUACAUGAAUCGUGCAUUAUUGCUGGAAAGAAGCCGUUUCCAGCAAAAAGUCAAAAUGUUCAUGAAGACAUUAGAACAAGCACGCUUAAUCUGUCCGACGGGUCUUAUAGAAAUUUUUUGUCUCUUAACCACCAUUUUAUGGCUCUCAUAUUGUUUAUUUUUUUGGAACUGGGUUUGGUUGAAUCAAUCGUAUGUGUGAUCCGUGCUAAUGAUGAUCAAUUUCUUUCAAAAAAAGCAACGUGUCUGCUUGGUGAAGUUUUACGUCUUUCAGAUCAACUACUUCCUAUUCAGUUAGGCGCUAAAAUUCAGUCACUUCCAUCUUUAUUCAAUAUGGCUUCCAAAUUUACUGCUGAAGAUAGAUUUGUCGCCACUUCAGUUCUUCAAUCUAUUGAAAGCUUGAACCGUGUAAAAUGCCAGACUGAAACCGGUUUUCAUGCAUCCAGUAUUCAUGAAGGGGGGUUAUCUGGAAACACGUUUCGGGGUCAAAGGCAGGUAGAACAUGUUAAACUGAAGAUGGGAUUGCAGAUUGAUGACUCACACUUUAGGAAUAUGCUGGCGGAAACUAAUGUCUUAACAACAAAAAACUAUCAGAAAUGGAGAUGGGAUACAUUAGCUCAAAUUAUGGAAGGACCUCUGCUGAGUCAUAAGAGAAUAGAUGAAACCCUUCGCACGACGAAAUUUAUGAAGAGAUUGUUAUCUUUUUAUAAGCCCUUUUCUGAUAGGUUUUCUUCUAUAGAAAACACGACGGCUAAUCAGAAAUAUAUCAAUGUCGGGUGUUUGGUUUUUAAGACGCUUUUGGCAAAUCCCGAAGGGGUCAAAUACUUAUCGGAAAGCAAACUCAUAAAGCAAAUUGCUGAAGCUUUGUCACAGCUUGACGAAUAUUCUGGUCAAGUAGCGAAUCCGAUCUUUUCCAGCGAGCGCCUCGAGACAACUCUCGUGCAUGGUUACUUUUGCAUGCUUAAAGUCCUUUCCAGUCAGAAAGAGGGACAUGCGAUUAUGGAACGAUGGAGGAUAUUUACUACUCUAUAUCACAUUGCCGAAAUUCGAAACAGAGAUGAUUUGUUGAUUUGUCUCUUAACGAAUGUGGAUUAUCGCUUAGAGGGCCACAGCAGAAUUAUAUUUUCAAAGGCUUUAAGUACUGCGCAACAAAAUGUUCGAUUACAUGCAACACGACAUCUAUUAACAUUGAUAAAUUCAGAAUCAGGAAAUGACAACUUGAAUCAUUGGGCUAUAUCGCUUUUGAUUUUUCAAUUGUAUGAUCCUUCUCUAGACGUAUGUCAAGUUGCUGUCAAAGCGUUGGACGAUGUCUGCGCUAAAAACGAAAAUCUGCUUGCUCAGGUUGUUCAACUACAGCCAUCUUUGGCCCAUCUAGGUGAAAUAGGCUCACCUUUGUUAUUGAGGUUCUUGGCUACCACUGUCGGCUUUUACUAUUUGUCAGAAAUUAAUUUUAUUGAACACGAACUAGAAAAUUGGUUUUACCAUCGAAAUGAAGCAUACGUUGAUUUAAUUGAACUAAAUGGCUUUCUGACAUUUAUUUCCAACAUGGAUAUUGCUAGUGCAGAGAUUUCAACUAAUGGAGAUGAUAUUCUUCCAUUACAUUUCUACGGAGAAUUGGUGAAGUCACCGGAAGGUUGCUCUGUUUUAGAGACAAGCGGUCACUUUGGUUCCUUCAUGAAUAUAUUAAGGGAGUAUGUUGAAGAAGUAGACUCAUUACAGAUUCGUCGUCUGAAAAGUGCAUUAUGGGCUAUCGGAAAUAUAGGAAAAGCAGAGACAGGGGUUCACUUUCUGGAUAAAUAUGAUUCUGUGCCUCUUAUUGUCAAAUUCGCGGAAGAAUCAAAAAUUCCUACUGUCCGUGGGACAGCAUUUUUUGUUUUAGGGUUAAUUUCAAGGACUAGUCGUGGCGUACAAAUUCUCUCAAAUUUGCAUUGGUAUAGUUUAAUGUCAUUGAUGGGGACUUCGCAAGGUGUUUGUAUCCCAGUACAUGCAUGCCGUGUAAUUUCGACUCCAGGAAAAGAGGCUGAACACUUGAGUGAUAGAACACUCACAUACCCUCAGUCAUUUUUAGCUGACAACUUAACAAAUAUUGAGAAAGAAGUCGUCAAGUAUAUUUCCAAUUUGUCGAAUCAUGUAUUGGCGAAUGAAUCCGCUCGUCAGUUAACAAAAAUACGAUCUAAAACCCCUCGAGUCUUUUUGUCAAAGCGCCUAGCCAAAUUUUGCUUCAAUAUUUUAGACCAAUUUCAUUAUCGUGUUCAGAUUUUGCAAUUUAUUUAUGAACUGUUUCCCCACUCCGCUCUUUUGGCGUCUUUUGAGACGAAUGAAUUACCGCCGAGGUUCUCAGCGUCUAAUUCCUCUACUGUAUCUUAAAAAUAUUUUGGGAUAUUUGACUUGCUAAUUUUGUCUUCUUGUUCUCGUAAUUUCACUUCGCAAGUCGCUGCAGAUUGUCCUUAUAAAUUAUUUGUCAUUUAACGUUCAUUAUUUUUAAUUAUUUCUGAGUUUAUUUGGAAGAGUUUCACUCACCUUAGAUCAUAUUCUUUAACUAAGAGUAAGUAAAAUCUUGAUAAUUACUAUUAGUUCAUUUAACAUAGGAUAUAUUAAAAUGAUAGUAAAUAAACUUCUUUAAGCUAUUCAAA